CGUGUGCCUCGGCGGCUUUCAUCCGGCUAGACUCUGGAAACCCCUUAGGUUCCUUUGCCUCUGACUUCUGCACACUACUCGCUCUACGCAGCGCCCUGUGCGGGGACAUGAGUGUUCCUGAGCCACCGCCUCCGGACGGGGUCCUUACGGGGCCCUCCGACAGCCAGGAGGCCGGCGAGCCUGCGCCGGGCUUAAGCGACGCGUCUCCAGAUGAAGGACUGAUAGAGGACUUCCCUGCAGAGGACAGAGCUGUAGAGCACCUGGUGGGAGGCCUGCUGUCCCACUACUUACCAGAUCUGCAGAGGUCCAAGCGAGCACUCCAGGAGCUCACACAGAACCAAGUUGUGUUACUAGAUACACUGGAACAGGAGAUUUCAAAAUUUAAAGAAUGCCACUCUAUGUUGGACAUCAAUGCUUUGUUCACGGAAGCGAAGCACUAUCACGCCAAGCUGGUGAAUAUUCGGAAGGAGAUGCUGCUGCUACAUGAGAAAACUUCCAAGUUGAAAAAAAGAGCACUGAAGCUGCAGCAGAAGAGGCAGAGAGAAGAGCUGGAGAGGGAGCAGCAGCGCGAGAAGGAAUUUGAAAGAGAAAAGCAGCUGACAGCCAAGCCGGCCAAGAGGACGUGAGGAGCCUGCUCCGGGUUCCUGUCUGGUCAUGCCUCCUGGAUCUCCAGUGCUGUUCACAAGGAGCGAGGCGGGGACAGUGCCUUAUGCCGUGGCAUGUCCUGAAACCUUUCCCAGGGUUGCUGUGUCUCCAAGACUUCACUCAGGCAGCCUUGUUGAUACUUAACGUUUUCAGUUCUUGCUUAACUUUAAACUUAUUAUUUGAUCUUAAAUCAUUUGUAAACUGAGAACACUUUGGUUAUUACAAGAGUCUGGGUAGUAGUUCAAAUGACUAGAAGGUCAGAGCUUCAUGAGAAUCAAUUUUAGUUUCAGUUUCUCCUUUUUUGAGGACAGGCCUUUCCUGCACAGCCACACUUGAUUUUCAGCAAUUGCUUUAUAUUGUUUAAAUAGAAAUACCAAUUGUCUGAUCACAAGUCUCCCAGAAAGAGAGCUGCCAAGCUUUUAUGAGAAACACAGGAAGUGUGUGUACACUGGAAAUGCCUACUUAGAUGUAGGCUGGGAGUGGACGCCAGACGGGUUCUCCAGCCAUUCUACUUGGUUUUCACUGUUGCUGCUGAUGUAGAUUUUGGGUUCAGGGCAAGAUUCUAUCCAUUGCUAAAGCUGUGCAGCAAUGAUGGACCUGCCAGAUACUCAGAGGUUUUGUGUGUGUGUGUGUGUGUGUGUGUGUGUGUAUGCUACACUUGCAUGCUAAGUCAUCACAGUGUAACAAUGUUUCUGUGCUUUUUCUUUUUCUCUCUUUUUUUUCUUCUUCUAGAGAUAGGGUCUCUAUAAAGCCCUGGCUGUCAUGGUAUUUACUGUAGAGACCAGACUGGCCUCAGAUUUAACAAUCCACCUGCCUCUUAUUCCCAAGUGCUGGGAUUAAAGGUGUGCACUGCCAUGCCUUGUUCUGUUUUUUAAGUAGAAAAAAAUCUGCUGCUGCUCACGUCAUAUGUAAAUAGUGUACAGAAGAGAGGUACAUGAUGCCUUUACUGUUUUCUAGAAAUUUUUCUCCCUCUUGUUGUAUGUAGGAACUUACUCUGUAGGGCAAGAUGAAGCCUCAUUGUUGGACAUCAAGAGUGUAGUAGUAUACUUUGCUGUUUUAGUGUUUAAUAGGAAGCUUGUUUCUAGCCCCUACUGUGUGUGAGCAGCACAAGCUCCAAAGGUGUCUGAUUAGAAUGCACAUGCACAUCGUUUAUAACCGUGCAACACUUGGUAAGCUGGAGUUAUACUACCUCUGAUCACAUAUUGGGUGAUAGAGAGAGAGACCAUUACAGAUGACCAAUGCUAAGAACUCGUCAGCUAAGAACGUUAAGAAUAAGGUGUAACUAUUUCUCUGAAGGAGUCCUUUCCUUCUUAAUGAAUGGUGAUUCCACAGUCAUUGAUCUUGACUUCUGUUCAAGUCUAUUUGAAAGGCGGUUACUCUUAGUCACUUGCUGUCACUCCCAGAGCACAAGUCACUAGGAUCUGCAGGACAAUGCCAUUACAUUGCAGAAUGUACUUGUUACAAUAAAGUAUCUGAUACCUGAUAAAGGCUGGAGAUUGCUUUUCAUGCUGACUUUAGACCAAUGGUGUUGGUUGUUUCAAAUGCUGUUCCUGGACACUUCUGGACACUUCCUCAGUCUCUUAAAGUGAAUCUUCUUUGUUCUGCUUAGGAUUUCUUCCAGUGACUCUGGUGUACAUUAAAGGAUGAGACACUUCUGGGUCUGGUUGCCCCUGCAGGGUUUCCCACACUAAAUUGCAUGUCCUUUUCCCCUGGGAACAAGAAAAUGCAGACAUCCUCAGUUCUUACCCACUAGUUCUGAUGUGGAGUGACAGAAGAUUUAGCUCCAGAUUAUUCUGAUGUUAGGAACUGGUAGUAUAGACUGUCCAGUGAUUUACAUUCAUAAGCAAUGGAAUAGUUUCAAAGCUACCUAGUAAUUAAUCUUGAGAAAUAAAUUAUUCAUUGCUGCUUUUAAUAGAGUCAGAUUUAAAACAGAAUCUUAGCUGGCAGGAAAUUAAGAGUCCUAGUUAAUUGGACUUUUUGACUUGUAUUAAAGUAAAUCAUAUUUAAUGAAUGGAUGGCAUGUGACACAUAUGUUUUGAGAAUUAUAUUAAGUUUUAAAGAUUUAACAUCAAAACGAUGGGCUGGAGAGUUGGCUCAGCAGAAGAGCACUGACUGUUCUUGCAGGGAACCAGGGUUCUAGUCCCAGCUCCCACUUGGCAGCUCACGAGCAUCUGUACCUCCAGUUCCAGGGGAUCCAGUCCCCUCAUCUGGCUCUGUAGCAUCAGGCACAUAUGUGGUGCAUCCACUCCAUGUAGAUGAAACACCCACCCACAUAAUAGAGAAAUAAAUCUUUUAUACACACACACACACACACACAUCAUUACCCACCACUUUCAGGUCAGAGGAGAAUCAGAAACACCAUAGAGGAUGAAACCCUAAAAUUUUAGCUGUAUUUCAGUAACAUGGAAACACAAUAACCAAACACUUGCUGUGUUUUUGAACAAAUAGGAAUUGGCCAAAAGAAAAGUUGCCUUUGUUUUGAAAUAAUACCAGAUAUGUAUGGUGCUGACACAUUGAGCUGACUUUAUCAUGAGUAUCAUGUAAAUGUGCAGACACCGAAUGUAAUGGAGCUGUGUCCACAGUGAAUUUUGGUGUGAAUUCAGUUUACCAGUACCAAUUGUAUGCUGAAACAUCUUUGUCUGAUUCUGAUGUUAUAAAUGAAAACUGCUUUUAUGAACUUAAUAAAAACGUCAGAAUCACCCAG